AUGGCCAUGCAACCUCACUCUCAUGGUAAUAAUGGCUUUCCUUUCUGCAUCAAUGGCCAUUGCUCAUGUGGACUCGCUCAAUUACAACAAUCUCAAUAUCCACAACAACAACAACAACAACAACCACCGCAACAUCACCACCAGUUGCAGGGACAUGUUCCCAUCCAUAACCCUCCUGUUCAUGCUUCAAAUUAUCCUACCUUUGCUUCUCUAUUUGAGAAACAGAGGCAACAAACCGACCAAUUCAUCAAUAUACAGAAUAAUCAAAUGAAACUCAUGUUACAACAACAUCAAAUGGAGCUACAAGUGACUGCAGUUAGAAGCAUGGGAAUUUAUGCGCAAGCUAUGGUAAGAAAGAACGAAGAAAUCACAAAAGCUGGGAAGAAAAAAAAAGAGAUGGAAAAUAUCUUAAGAUGCCUAGAGCUAGAGAAAAGGGAAUUGAAGAAAAUAUCGGAAGAAAAAGGAGCAAUUGCAAUAAAUUUGCGUAACAAGUUGGAAGAGGAGAAGAAAAAUAAGAGACUUAGGAUGCUGGUCACAAAUGAUGUAGAAUCAUGUUGCGGUGAAAACGAAGAACCAAGACCUAAAAAGUGUGUGAAACUUGGAAGCAAUAUGGCCUUCUGUCGAAACUGUAACAUAAACUCUUCAGAUGUCUUAUUUCUUCCAUGCAGGCAUCUCUCUUCUUGCAAAGCAUGUGAAGCUUUACUCCAAGCUUGUCCAAUAUGUGGAAUGGCAAAAAAGAAUAUUAUUGAGAUUCAGAAUUUGAAUUCAUUUUGAUAUUAUUCUCAGAAACAAUUAGUACAAUAGCUUAGGCGCUUAGCUAUGCUAAAAUAAAGUAUGAGAAUCAUCAUCUGAUCUUAACUGUUGAUCAGAACAGGUUGAUGGCCAGCUA